CACCAGGCUGAUCUCCAAACGGGUCCGACCAGUUCGGUUCUGAUGGGAUUCCUUGUGUAACUGCUUAGGGCCCCUCCCCACAGAGCGACCUACUCCUCCCCCCCUCCUCCCUAUAAAGCCUCUUGGAGAUCCCAGGCACCCAGACUCUGCUCACCCCCCGACUUCGGGGGCCUGCAGGUACCAUGAUGAUCAACUGGAAGCUCCUGGGGAUCGUGCUGCUAUGUCUGUGUGCCCAAGGCACCUCAGGCAAUGGAGACCACCCGUCCCCCCCACCCACAGAGGCCCAAGAGGAGGACUCUCCAGCACUGCCUCAGGGCCCUCCAAUCCCAGGAGACCCCUGGCCUGGGGCGCCCCCUCUCAUUGAGGACCCACCACCUCCAGGCCUCAGUCGUCCCUGGAGAGACCUGCCGGAUUCCGGGGUCUGGCCUCCUGAGCCCCCUACAACCAACCCUCCUCAGCCUCCCCGGCCCGACGACCCCUGGCCCGCGGGAGCCCAGCCUCCAGAGAACCCCUGGCCACCUGCCCCAGAGAUGGACCACGGGGCUCAGGAGGAGCCAGACCUUGACCCUCCCCGGGAAGAAUAUCGAUAACAGGGGACCCCCCCACGCCCCCGCGGAGGCUCCUGGCAUCCAGCAGAGGCGCCUACAUCCGACUCUAUCCUCUGAUCUUGGAAUUCGCCCUAACUUAGCCUAACACUGUAUGUCCCUCCUCAUUUCCUUCCAUUUUAUUCCGACCACGUUGUUCUCAUUAUUUUCUGUCCUCGAGCCCCGCACGGGGCUCCGUAUUUCCCGUCCCUGUCUCGGACGGGGGUCACACCUGCUACCUCGCGCCGCGCAGCCCCCGCCUCCACCCCUUUCGGCGUUCCUGGGCGGGGCUGGCGGCUGUGCUCUCUGCUGCCACCUGGUGGCCGACA